AUGGCAAUGUCUCAAGCCGCACAUGUCAGACAUACUGCAAAGCCGCUCCGUGUCGUGUCUAGCUACGACCAGCUCACUGCCGACGAGGCUACGUGCGCCGACGACGUUAUCGAUGCUGUCCAACAGGCAAUGAGUCACUACAGCCCAGCGACAACCACGUCUCGCGAGAAGCUCUGGUAUUCCGUAUUCUACGGUGGUUGGGAUACGUCAAAAGAUCUUCUAUCACCCGUACCCGUUCCUCCUCUCGACCACCAAACGCUCGCCGCCCUUGUCGGAUGGCUCAACCAGGACCUACCACCAUCUACUUGUGCAUUACGUAAAAACGAAGCCAAGAAUAAGGCAGCGAAGAAGGCACUGGGCAAAACCAAGGCAGCCUAUGAGUUUGUCGAGACGCCCCCCAAAGUUGCAGUGGACCGGAGACAAGGAAGGCCGGUGUAUCUUCGCGCACGUUUGCGCCCUACGACCAAUGACAUUGAUUGGUUUUGGACCGAUGCCAAUGGUAAAGGUGUCAAACUCGCUUUCAUCGACCUUGAGGAUAUCGACGCUGGCGAGAAAAUCGACCUGGCGACUGCUCAGGCAUGGGCCCUUGAUGUUCACGAUACAAUGGUUGAGGAACACGCUCGGGCGCAUAACAUCAGUCAGGCGACAUACUGGAUACGAUGCCGCCUACUACGACGCAUCGACAUGACCACUGGAGGACAAAGACCUCCGAUGCCGACAGCGCUCGACUUUGCCACGCUGGAAAAGGGACGUCUGUUGUGGCCUCUGGCCCUGACUUUACCGAACCUGAGUGACGAUGUCAAAAAGCGGCGGCCGAGAUGGUUGGCUGAUAACCCAAGUGGCGAGAACCCGCCUAUUGUUUAA